ACAGGGUGUCACGUGAUUGUUGGACGUUGUCUCUUCUUCUUGUUUCUUCUUCUUCUGUUUCUCUCUGGAUUUAAAAAGCGACUCACGUUCGACACUUUGCUUUUUAAACUCAUCGGAAACAAGCGGGUGUUAAAGGAGCAUGAAGUGAACUCUCUGCUAACAACUCAUUAAAAAUGGAGCUUCCGAUGGGAAUCUGGUUGGUGGCUCUGCUCGGCCUGAGCUCGGCGCUGGUUUGUCCCGACGGAGGAAUGUGUGAGGACAGAAACACCUGCUGCCAGAACACGGUGGGAGGAUACGGCUGCUGCCCGCUGCCACACGCUGAGUGCUGCUCAGACCACCUCCACUGCUGCUACGAGAAGACCCUGUGUGAUCUGACUCAUCAGAGGUGUGUGAACAAAACCGUUUCUCUGCCGUUGAUGAGACGUCUUCCUGCCAAACACACUCUGGACGUCCCUGGGACAAUCGUAUGUCCAGACCAGGUGUCCACGUGUUCAGAUGACAGUACUUGCUGCGAGCUUCUUGACGGCAGCUAUGGCUGUUGUCCGAUGGUUAAGGCCGUGUGUUGUGAGGAUAAGCUGCACUGUUGUCCCGAGGGAACCGAGUGUGACACUGCUCAUGACAUGUGUGUUUCUGCGUCGCUGGAGUCCGUCCCCAUGGUGGAGAAACUCCCGGCCAUACGCAGGGAGAAUAACCCAGCUUCUGCGGCUCUGAUCGUGGGUUCAGUGACGUGUCCGGGGGGGAAGAGCAGUUGUCCUGAGAGCUACACAUGUUGCCUGCUGAUCAGUGGAGACUACGGCUGCUGCCCGUACGAACAGGCCGUGUGCUGCAGCGAUCACCUCCACUGUUGCCCCAGCAACACGACAUGUGACCUGGAACAUGACGUCUGCAAGUCCGGCGACACCGAGGUGCCGAUGCUGAAGAAGAUCUCAGCGUCUCCUAACGACGUUGUGUGUCCAGACAAAGUGGCCGUCUGUCCCGAUCAGACCACGUGCUGCGAGAUGGACAACGGCUCGUACGGCUGCUGCCCGAUGCCCAAUGCCGUCUGCUGCUUAGAUCACAUCCACUGCUGCCCUGAGGAGACCGAGUGCGACCUGGAGCACAGCACCUGUGUGUCGAGCCGGGGAGACGCCGCCGUGGCCUCUGAGAUCCCAGCUGCUGUGACGGAGCUGGAGACGGAGCUGGAGACGGAGCUGGUGACGGAGCUGGAGACGGCUCGGAGCAGAGCUGCUGCUGUUCCCUGUAACGACUCGGUGGCCUGUGCUGACGGAAGCACCUGCUGUCAGACGCCCACGGGCCAGUGGGCCUGCUGCCCGUUACCUGAGGCCGUGUGCUGUGACGACCACAUGCACUGCUGCCCCCACGGCACCGUGUGUAACCUGGAGGCCUCCACCUGUGACGACCCCACCACCAACACGGCGCUGAUGCCCUGGCUGGACCACGAGCCCGUCGUCCCCAUGGAGACGGACGACAGCAAGUGUGACAAAUCCACUUCCUGUCCCGGGAAAUCCACCUGCUGCAAGACGGCGACCGGGGACUGGGCGUGCUGUCCGCUGCCCCAGGCCGUGUGCUGCGACGACCACGUCCACUGCUGCCCUCACGGCACCGUCUGCAACCUGGCGGCGGAGUCCUGUGACGACCCGUCGGGUUUCUCCGCCUCCCUCCCCUGGACGGAGAAGCUCCUGGCUCUGAGGACGGAGCUCCACCCGGCUGCUUCGGCUCCGCCUCCACACGGAAGGAACAUGUGUGACUCCAGCACCAGCUGCCCCAAGGACACCACCUGCUGCUUCAUGGACAGGCCCCACCAGUGGGGCUGCUGUCCUCUGCCAAAGGCCGUCUGCUGCAGCGAUGGAGACCACUGCUGCCCGAGCGGCCACAGCUGUGACCCUCACCGCUCCUCCUGCUCCAGAGGCGCCCACACCGUCCCCUGGUUCACCAAGCUGAGCGCCGUGACCGAGCCGGGCGCCGUGACCGAGCCGGGCGCCGUGACCGAGCCGGGCGCCGUGACCGAGCCGGGCGCCGUGACCGAGCUGGGCGCCGUGACCGACGUCAAGUGUGACGACAAGAGCAGCUGUGCUUCAGGAACCACCUGCUGUAAACUAGCGACAGGAGAGUGGGGCUGCUGCCCUCUGGUCAAGGCGGUCUGCUGUGCGGACCAGGAGCACUGCUGUCCUCAGGGCUACACCUGCAACAUGCAGACAGGGACGUGCGAGAAGAAGAACCUCCAUGAGCUGAUCCAAACCCUCCCUCAGACCAGAGUGGUCCGGCCCGGGGGUGGAGACGCAGAGGACGUACCAUGUGACAGCACGGGGGAGUUUCACUGCCCCAGAAAAGCUACGUGCUGCAAGACGUCGUCCACGGAGUGGGCGUGUUGUCCCUCGCCAAAGGCGACCUGCUGCUCCGACUCGCAGCACUGCUGCCCUGAAGGCUUCUCCUGUGACGAGGCGGCUGGAGGCUGCACCAUGAAGGACCCCCGGCUGACCUGGGACAUGUUGUCUGGGGACAGACACAGAGACUUUGUCCCUCGAGGACUUUAAUCCCACUGAUCCGUCACAUCUUCAGCUUCUGUUGAGUGUUUCCUCACUUGAAGGUAUCUUUGGUUUGCGGGCGACGCCGAUGCUCGUGGUCGUUAAAGACUUCACAGAAUUCUUAGUCGUUCUUAUAACAGUUUGCUGAGUUUUGUCAUGUUUUGAAUCUGGCUGAAGUUUGGUCCUCAGAAGUCAACCUUAGACGAUAUAUAUGUAUAUGAAUACUCGCUGCACGACUUUGUCUCUGCAUCUUUCUUAUUGGUUUUAAACCCCAUGAAAAGAAUCAAGAGUAAGAAAUUAUGUUUGAGUUCAAAUCUUUUGCAAAUUCACAAAUCGUGUCAACCACAAAUCAGAAAUUACAGAGAGAGAAGAGUUAGUUUGUGAACAUGAGACCAAUUUAAACUUCCACACAUGGAUCCAUGUCAUACAGACAGAUUACCUUGAGUCCUAAUGACCUUAAAAACAAUAUGAAAAUCUACAAACAUGUUUGAAGUUUAUUAAAAAGUAGUUAAAGCUUGGAUUCACACGUCCUGCAUUUUUCAUUCUGCCACUGGUACAGAUCUGAUCCGUGGAGAUUAAAUAGAAAUGUUUGAAAUUUUAACAAACUGAGUCAGUGAAAUUUAAAAUUAUGUAUCAUCAUCAGACUGAAAAUACAAAAAUCUGAAGUUCCCCCUGCACCUUUUAUUAUAUUUAGCAUUUCUAUGAAUUUGUCUAGAAAUUAAAUGAAACCUCUGGCAAAUAAAUAGAGUUUUUCUGCUGAGUCAUGUCGGCUGAGUAGAAACUAUCAGGUGGGAAAGUCGGCGCCUCAGCAGCUGAAUAAUGAACCAGUCCAGAGACACAGGAACGAGAUUCAUCUUUUCAUGGGAUGAUCAAUCAUAAGAAACCUGCUGCGUCUCCUCUGUCUUCGUUUCUCUUUGGACUCUUUGUCCAGAUCUGUUUUUAUUCUUCUAUAAAAACAGACGUGAAUGUACUUUCCGCCUUAUUCUGGAUAAAAUGCUGAGUCAGACUUGAGAUCAGGAAGCAGCUUUUCUGUGUAUAAUCUACAUUUAGAGGUCGUUUAAGUUUGUCUUACGUCUGUGAAUUUGAUGUGUGUUGAUUUUAUUUAAUCCUUAUUUUACCUGUGAUUUAAAGACCCAGCAGUCAUGAAAACAUUGUUCUAUAUAAAUAGUUAAACAUCAUAGGAGAAGAUCAACACACGGAACAAAGAGCUUGUGCCUUCUCUCACGUCGCCGUAAGAGAGUUCAGACCAUCGUCAGGAAAACAACACCCGUGUUAUGUUGUGUUUCUGUUGAGUGUUGAUUUCUGUAAACACAGCGGAGAAAUAAGAGCCAAGUACGUCUCAGUGUCCCGGGGAAACGAAUCCAGGGUUUGCUCCAUCGGCACAGAAGGAAAAACAAAGACUCUGCUGUUGGUUUCCAGCUUCUGAACAACACACCAGAGAGAGAUGAAAGAACCCAAUUCAAAAACCUGUUUUCCACCCAAACUUUCAUGGGUUUGUGUUGAUCAUGUUGGUGAAGAUGUUGUUGUGUUUGUUGUGUGUGUGCGUCCGGCUGCCAGAGGAGAGACGUGAAGGUUGUUGGCAGCCGACGGAGCCUGAAGGGAAAAACCUGCAGACGCUGCUCAGGGUUGGAAUCAGGUUUCCUGGAUUCGUUUUUAAUCUGUUAAAAGAAAAUUGGAUAAAGUAUAAAACACCAGAUUAUUUGUCCCGGAUGCGACGGUUCUUCAUCGUAGAGUUUUUUUGUGUUUUUUGUUUUGUAGCUUUCAGAGAAACUGUGGAAGUUUCACAAACACCAAGUCUGCUCCGUUCGGAUCUGUCAUCGCUCAGCGGGUCGUGAUUCAUCAAAAUGUUAUUUUUCAAAAUGUAACUUCCUAAAAGUAUAUUCUGUAAACGCCCGGUGCUGCUGUGAGGAACGUGUCCCGGGUGAUUGUUGUGUUAUGUUGCCUUUUAAAGAACUUUAAUUUGAGGGG